CUUAUUAGGAGAGAAGGAGAAGGAGGAGGGAGGUGCAGGCGGAGGGUGUUUCUCCAUAGUAACAAUGACUAAACAAGCCAGUUCAGCACCAGCAAGGCAAAGAGGUGACAACCCUGCUCAGAGGAGGACGACCAGCAGCUUGCCGUGAGAAGAAACAGGACGUAGAGGAAAGUUUGGCUGGAGGUACCCGCCCAACAUGAACCGAGACAGCCACAGUGAGGACACGUUGUCUACGAUGGUGCUGGAGAACAUAAAGAACAAACUGAUUCAUGCCUUCAGAACGAACACAGAGCCCAGAGAAGAUCCUCACGACUGCAGCGUCCGCCGUAGCCACCAAGCCAACGAGGAGCUGCGCCGUGCCCAGAUAGAUGGAGCAAUCACCUGGCUCAGCUGGAAAUGCGCACUCAGGACCUCCAGCUGGCUCAGACCCUGCUGGGACUCAGCACGGAGAUCCAAAGACUGAGGAGGGAGAGCUUAGGGGGUGUGGAGGUGGAGGGAGAGGGGGAGGAUCAGCUGUGAGCAGCCCCUGGAUCGGGCUUCCCCACAUUGGGAAAAAAACCAGCUGCAGGAGCUCACGUUGUGCAAAUACGAGUUGCAUUUGUGCAAAAGAAUGAAUCUUUAUGAACGGGACAGAAAAAAUAAAAUCUCCAACUUCA